CUGCAACUCGCACGGAGUGUAUAGUCGAGUAGCGACCAACUCUGGUGUUCGUGUCCCCAGUCUAUCAGUCGCGUUCUGUGGAAAAUGGAGCUCGAGGAACCAACAACACAGUCGAAUUCCGAAUCAGAUAGAAUGGCCAAGGAGAACAGCAUUGUGACUGGGAAUCAUAGUGAUACUCAUAUAAAUGGUAUGUCUAAUGGAUUUGAUAAAAAAAGAGAACAUAAAUCUGAACAUAGAGACAAAGAUAAAGAACGAUCUCAUAAAUCGGAUCAUAAGGACAAAGAGAGAAGCAAAGAAAAAGAUAAAAAUCAUAAAAGUGAACAUCGAGAUAAAGACAGAGACAAACAUAAACACAGUUCCAGUUCUAUUAAAGAAAAGGAUAAACACGAUGGCAGUAACAAAGAUAAAGACAAAGAUAAAAAGAGUAGCUCGUCAUCAAGUAAGGAUAAAGAACAUAGAAAUAGCAGUUCUUCAAGCAAAGAUAAAGAAAAAGACAAAAGUAAGGACAGGGAACACCAUCACAAAUCUAGCUUCAGCUCCAGUUCCAAAGAUAAGGACAGGCAUCACAGUGGAUCGAAGGAUAAAGAGAACUCUAGUAAAGAAAAAGACAAAGAUAAGAACAAGGAUAAGGAUAAGCAUAAACAUAGUUUGAGUUCAAGUUCUCGAGACAAGGAUAAAGAUAAAACUGCAUCCAAAGAUAAAGAAAAGGAGAAGAAACAUUCAUCGGAAAAGGACAAGGAAAGGCAUUCCACAUCACAUACAAAUGACAAGGAAAAGCAUCGCUCUUCUGAAAAAGACAAGGAUAAACAUAGUCUGUCAAACAAAGAUAAACAUCGCCAUGACAAAGAUAAAGAUCGGCAUCGUCAUGACAAAGACAAAUCAAAGCAUAAAGAGGAAAAGGAUAGAAAACUUAAAGAAAAGGACGAAAUUAAAAUAAAGGAUGAAAUAAUUGAUGUACAACAUAAUCAUUUACAAAAUGAAGAGUUUCAUUAUAAUCCUGGGCAAGUUGUGAAACAUGAACUAAAAGAGGAACCUGUUUCACAAAUUGAACCAGAAGAUGACGAUGACAGUGGCGGAGAACAACCAUUAUAUAUUAAAGAAGAUGAGGAUGAAGAAGAACCUGCUAAUGAAGAAGAAGCUAGUAUGGAUUCAACUGAUGGAAAUGAUACAAGACUUUCAGAUCUCCAUAACACAACUAUUAAAACUGAAGAAGAUUCAGAAGAAGAUACACCUUUGAGUGCAAGAUCCGUGGUUCCAACACGUGUUAAAAGACUAUUAGAUUCUGAUGCAGAAGAAGAGGAUGAAGUCCCACUUUCAACACGCAAAAAAUCUAAGAAAAUUGAUAUGAAGACAAAGAAAAAAAAACGGAAGCAUGAAGAUGAUGAAGAUGAUAAUAUUGCACAAAAACCAAAGAAAAAAGGUGCCAGAGUAUCAAAGGGAGAAAAUUCAAGCCCAAGGAAGAAGAAACAAGAAGAAGAACAAGAAGUUUGGAAAUGGUGGGAAGAGGAAAAGAAGAACGAUGGAACAAAAUGGACGUUUUUAGAACAUAAAGGACCAGUAUUUGCACCGGCGUAUGAACCACUCCCCCCUGAUGUGAAGUUUUAUUAUAAUGGAAAAGAAAUGAAGCUAAGUGAAGAUGCAGAGGAAGUUGCAACUUUCUAUGCACGCAUGUUGGAUCAUGAUUAUACCACAAAAUCUGUGUUCAAUACUAACUUCUUUCAUGAUUGGCGAGAAGUGAUGACUGAAUCUGAAAGGACGAGAAUAGUUGAUUUAAGUAAGUGCAAUUUCAAGGAAAUGCAUGCAUAUUUUCUUCAAAAGUCUGAAGAGCGAAAGGCAAUGACAAAAGAAGAAAAGCAAAAAAUAAAAGAAAUGAAUGAAGAAAUUCAAAAAGAAUAUGGUUUUUGUUCUAUCGAUGGACAUAAAGAGAAAAUAGGAAAUUUCAAAAUUGAACCUCCUGGUUUAUUCAGAGGUCGUGGUGAACAUCCGAAGAUGGGUAAACUGAAAAGAAGAGUUGUGCCUGAAGAUAUUCUUAUUAAUUGCUCCAAAGAUUCUAAUAUACCAAAACCACCAUCUGGCCACAAAUGGAGAGAAAUUCGCCAUGAUCCCAAUGUUACAUGGCUUGCUUCUUGGACAGAGAAUAUUCAAGGACAAGUGAAAUAUAUUAUGCUUAAUCCAUCGAGUAAGCUUAAAGGAGAAAAAGAUUGGCAAAAAUAUGAGACUGCUAGAAAAUUAGCACAAUCGAUAGAUAAAAUUCGUGCUGAAUAUCGGGAGGAUUGGAAAAGUAAAGAAAUGCGUAUAAGGCAACGAGCUGUUGCGUUAUACUUUAUAGACAAGUUAGCACUCAGAGCUGGUAACGAAAAGGAUGAGGAUCAGGCAGACACUGUAGGUUGUUGUUCUUUACGAGUAGAACAUAUUUCGUUGCAUGAACAAAAAGAUGGAAAGGAAUAUGUUGUUGUAUUCGAUUUUCUAGGUAAGGAUUCCAUAAGAUAUUACAAUGAAGUGCCAGUAGAGAAACGAGUAUUCAAAAAUUUACAACUUUUUAUGGAGAACAAGUCUCCUGGUGAUGAUUUGUUCGACCGUCUUAAUACAACUGUCAUGAAUAAACAUUUAAAUGAAUUGAUGGAAGGUCUUACUGCUAAAGUAUUCAGAACAUACAACGCGUCAUGGACGCUACAACAACAGUUAGAUAAAUUGACAAAUCCUGAUGAUACAGAAGCAGAAAAGAUUUUGUCAUAUAAUAGGGCAAAUCGAGCAGUUGCAAUAUUAUGUAAUCACCAGCGUUCAGUGCCUAAGACACACGCAAAAUCUAUGGAAAAUCUCAAGGCAAAAAUAGAAGCUAAAAAAGAAGCCAUAGCUGAUGCAGAACUUGCUGUAAAAGAUGCUAAACGCGACGCGAAGCAUGGAUCUGUUAAAGAAAAAGUUGUGUAUGAAAAAAAGAAGAAGACUCUCGAUAGAUUAAAGGAGCAGUUGACGAAGCUGGAAGUCCAAGCGACAGAUAAAGAGGAAAACAAAGAAAUUGCAUUAGGCACUUCCAAGCUGAAUUAUCUUGAUCCUAGGAUCAGCGUUGCAUGGUGCAAGAAGAAUAACGUCCCUAUUGAGAGAAUUUAUAACAAAACUCAAAGGGAUAAAUUCAGAUGGGCAAUAGACAUGGCAGGACCAGACUAUGUCUUUUAACCCCAUAGCAGAUUGGUUAUUCUUCAGGAAAAUAAUUCCCACUGAUUGUAUUUAGUGAAUUUUUCGUUUAAUAAUCGGGAGGAAAAUAAUGGUAUAAUUUUCUAUAUUUACAAAAGAUAAAUGCGAAAGUGCGGGGACAUAUUUUAUAUAGAACACUGCGUUAAAAUUUUGGUAAAGAUCUUAUAAUCAGUGUUUAAUCGACACAUACUUGUAGUUUAGAGCUGAUCGCUUAGCAAUCACGACGCAUAAAUUUUUAGCGGUGCAUUUGCAUAUAGGCGAUUACAAAAAUUAUAAAUAUUGAGAAUGGAAAUUGAAUAGAUUGAAGCAAAUUUAAAUCUUUUAGGUAGAAAUUUCUAAUACGUGUGAAUUGCAAAAGUGAAUCAAGAUCUGUGCAAAUGAUCUAAAUUUAGAGGACAUAUCUUAGUUGCUUUUAUAGUACAAGAAUUUUACGACCUCUAAAUUUAGAAGUAUACGAUAAGUAUGGGCUGUUGCAUUGUAAAUAGAAUUAUUCAUGAACAUUGCCAGCCAUUUAAGGAAAAAGGUAUAUGUGUAUCGGAUUGAUAAAAACACGUUUGCCAAACGGAUAAGUAAUUUUGUAUUCGUUUAAUUUGAUUCUUCUUAUAAAUGUAUAAUAUUAUCACAGAAAGUCAUUUACAUCGUGUAUAAUGACAUUCUUAGAAUGUUAGAGUUCUGCGCUCUAUGUAAACUUUUUAGUACCAAAUUUAUCAAAACGAAAAUAUGGUUAGCAAACUUGAUUGGAACAUACCUAUUGUUCCAAUACAAAAUAAUUAUGAUAUAGUAAUGUAUUUAAAAAGUAGAUUAUCGCUUUUAGCGAUUUAUGUUUUAUAAAACAAUGUUUAGAUCAUAAUAAAUGUAAACGCAGUGUAUCCUUAACAUUUUUUUAAUAUUUGUACACAUACAAACCUUGUGAUCACCAUGGUAUUAAGUUCCAUGAAAGAAUGCUAUUGAUUUUAAUAUGCUAAAACCUCACGUAUUACGUUUAUGUAGCAAUAACAAAUUUGUAAGUGUAAUUAGUUUCAUUCAAAAAUCUUUUCCCGAAUUAAGUAAUAUGUCCACUAGAUUUUUACAUGUAUUCAUGAGUAAGAUAUGCGAAAUUGUUGUAAAAUUUUUCAAAAUUCUUAAUUCUAUGCAAAUUGUAUUUGUCUAUUUUUUGUACAAGAUAAUCUUCUGUAACAAAGAAUAUCUUCGUUUGUGUGACUAGUGGGACUCAAGUUAUACAUUAAUAUUUGAGAAUAUUGAACAUCUUAUUUUGAUUCCUUACGAGCAUAAGUAAAUCAUAUUUAGGAUAAAUUGUGCUAUUGUCUAUUUAUCUUGGAAUAUGAAACAGAGACGAGUAAUUUUUCUCGUGAGAUUAGCAUAGAUAGCUGCUAAUUCUGAAUGGAUUACAGAUGUCGGAAUAAAAAUACUGAACUUAAUGUUAUUGAUUGCUCGUCACUGACAAAAUAUUCCCAUGACUCUAUGUUGUAUGCAUAUAAAUAUACACGAUCAUUUACACCCGUAAUUAUAUAUAGGUAUAUAUAUUUAAGAAAAUUACAAUGAUAAAAUUAUACAAAUGUAUAAUUGGAAUGGUGGUUCUUUAUACUCCCUGUUUUACUGGAUUAAUCGCAUGUUAGUCCAUUUUAUUUAAAAAUAUAUACGUCACAUAUUAAUACAUUUUGAGAAACGAGCAAGUACUAUUGAAACCACUAUUCUCUCGAAACUGCCAAUCAUUGUACGAUUGAUCGUAUAAUUUAACAGUCUGAUAUGCUACAGAACCAGUUUCUCAAGUUAGAUAUGUCUCGUAAUACCUUAAAAAUUUCAUCUAUAAUUCGCAUAGAUGAAAUAUUUUAUUUAUAUCAAACCUUGCCUUGCUAUUUACUAUUAUAGAAAUAUUAAACUUUUCUUUGUAUACUAAUGAUAUACCUUUAAUUUUAUUUUUAUUUGAUAAUUAUUAACGAUAUUGAACAUUUUUACAAGUGAAACUGGUACUGUACUUUCGAUUGAAUUAAUUUAUAUGAUAGAAAAAGUAGACUGAAUUUAUGAUACAUACAUGAAUAUGUACAGUGCUGGACGAAAGUAUUGGCACAGCAUAAGUUUUAGUAUACAAAUGCUCACAACUGCGAAAAGAAUUGAACUAUAGAGUACAUUGUUCUAUAAACCCUUACCUCACACAUUUUAGUUUAUUAUACAAGAAUCUAUAACAUAAAUUAAGUGAUUUUCUAUACAGACAAAAGUAUUGGUACGCAGUACGAAAUAUCAUUAUUCUUUAUAACAAAAUUCCUGAUACAUAAAAUCAUCUGUUACAUAAAGUUAAUAUGUCAUAUGGAAAUUUUGCAAAAAUUGAGAAGAACAAUUGUUUUAUUUUCUGGUGUGCUAUAGACUGAUUUAAAAAUCAAUGAAAUGUUGACAACCUGAUUCAUAAUGCUGGUGUUUGUAAACUACUGAAUGGAUUAAAAAGCGCCACGCAUCGAGUAAAAAAGAAACGAACACGUACUUUUAAAAGAAUGGAAAGAUAUCUAAUUUAAUCGAAAAGAUAGUUUAUUUAAAGCCAGAAAAGUUGAAACAGAUUAUUAAAAGAAGGCUAACAUUAAAAUAUUAAAA